AAACCCCGCGGGCGGAAGUGACGCACGGGUCUGCUCUGCGCGCCGGAAGCCCCUCGGGCGGCGAAGAUGGCGGAGAGCAGCGGUCGCGCGGGCAAGAGCAGCGGGAGCGGCGCGGGGAAGGGGGCGGUGUCGGCGGAGCAGGUAAUUGCUGGCUUCAACCGCCUUCGGCAGGAACAGCGGGGCCUGGCAUCCAAGGCAGCUGAGCUGGAGAUGGAGUUGAAUGAGCACAGCCUCGUGAUCGACACGCUGAAGGAGGUGGGCGAGACCCGCCGGUGCUACCGCAUGGUGGGAGGUGUGCUGGUGGAGCGGACUGUGAAGGAGGUGCUGCCGGCCUUGGAGAACAACAAGGAGCAGAUACAGAAGAUCAUUGAGACACUGACACAGCAGCUUCAGGCAAAGGGAAAAGAACUAAAUGAAUUUCGGGAAAAGCACAACAUUCGUCUCAUGGGGGAAGAGGAGAAGCCGGCCAAGGACAGCUCAGAAGGGGCUGGGGCUAAGGCCAGCUCGGCUGGAGUGUUGGUCUCCUAGGACCGAGGCUGUGGCAUCUUUUCUACCCUGACUCCUACAUCUUCUAAUUUGUCUUUAUUGUUAUUAUUAUUUUCUCUGCUAUUGUAAUAUUUUUUUUGUUAAUUAAAUGUUUUGGUCAGAAUGCUUA